CACCGGGUCCUCAGCUGAAGGACCUCUCAUCGACAUAAACAAACGAUGCUACGUUAAUCAUCAUAAAUGUUUCGAGUUUAUUCGGAAUUUUUUUGCAUGUAGUAGUUUGUUACAUUCGGGGCAAAGAUGGCAGAAGACACUGAACUGGAAAAGCGUGCAGUAGAGGAGCUCCUGAGAGAGACCGACCGAGCCCGGGUCAGAGCUGAGACCAUGGGCCCUGCAGGAUGGUUGAAGUGUCCUCUACGGAGCACCAACAAACGCUUCCUGCUCAACACUCUGCGCUCCACUGGCCUGCGACGGCACACCGAGGAGCCCCGAGCCAAACGAUCCAACACCAGAGGACGUCACAGGAGCGAGUCCCCAGAAGGAUGCCGUGACCGCAGCAGAACGCCACCGGCCGAUCACAGGAAGAAUGGAGGCCACGCAGGCCAUAAACAUCCUCGCAAGGACCGCCACACGGGCCGAGACAAGAGGCGGGACAGAGAUAAGGACAGACGCGACAGAGACGACAGGGACAGUAGGCAUGCCGAUGGACAGAAGCGAGAGACGAAGACAGACGGAUGACUUAUGGAGUGUUGCUUUUAUAAAAACAAGUUGCAAGACUGAAGCUAUAGACCCUWGACUGCAGAGAGAUUUAAUGCUGUUCACUUAGUGAAAACGGCAAAAUCUUUAACCUUUUGUUUCAACGAAUUUAAAAAAAAGUUUAAAAAUGUUAUUUUUUUCACAUGGAGAGCAGUUUUAAAGGGUAAAGUUCGUUUACUUGAUAUUCACAUGUAGCAAAGUUGAAAUAUUUGACUCUUUUUUUUUUUUCAAAUCAUGGACUAAAAGUUCCUGCACUAAAAUAUGAAUUAAUAAAAUAUGAAGCUGCUUUUUAAAUGUCAAUUUUUAAGGAAAUCUUAGCAGCACCGCCCCACCCCCCGACCUGACUCAGGUGUAAACUGUGUUUCAUUGUCAGUGGAGGAGCCAUGAUCUCAAUUACAAUGUCAUUACUUUUCUUCAGUCAUUAUUCAGCGGUCGUGGUGUUUGCACAAGUCGCGCUGCUGUCGCCACAGGGUAAGCACGUUUUAUCACGUGUCCAGCUUUUUGACAUGCUAUCUGAAAACGGUUUUGUUUGUCAAAGGAGAAAAAGAAAUGUUUUCCCCGGCACACCUGUGCUUGAUGGAGGCAGUCCUCAGCGGCGAGUUCAUUUUCUUUCUUUUUAUUUUUAAAGUAGAACGAUUCCGAUUUUAACGUCAGUUUUUUCAUGUUUUUGUAGCUUUAGGACAGCAGAUGGCCGUUCACUCGGCACUUUUAAGUGUUUAUAUCUUUCCGUUUGACCUGUCACCUCCGUCUUUUUAUUGCUCCCUCAACUUUACAGGCAGGAAGGCCUCUGUGUCUUCGACCCUGAUGGCUCACACAGAAUCUAGUUCUGCCAUAACAACAUCUGGCUGCGUCGCUUCUCAUUUUUCUGCUCGUCGAAACGUCUCAAACGCUGGCAGCACGCUUCAUAAAUCACGUUAUCCAGAGAACAGCCUGGAUUAACGGUUUCCUUCCUCUUUGCAACAAUGAUCAAAUAUAAAUACCAUUAAGCCACAUUGCGGAGGGGGGGUGUUUUGGAUAGAAUUGGUUUACUUGAACUUUAUUGCGUCGCUGAGUGCCCCAUUAAGAUACGGGGGAAAGUGCCGUAAUUGCUUUAGAAGAUCUCGGUGCAAAUAGUGUAUUGAUGCUGCGCAGGCGGUCACAGUAAAAGCCAGGCCUGUGGUGAAGGCAGUGUAGGCAAACGUUAAGGGCACCAUCCAUCGGGGGGGCUACAAAUGGGAAAUAAAAAUAUUGUAUAACCUUU